CUGGUUUGCGGUGGGUCUUGGAUGUAGCGGCGGCGUUGGCGACGGCGUGGGGAAGGGUGGGGUGAGGGGGCGAGUCCGUAGCGAGUGCGGAGAAACUGUCCUUCCCUCGGCCCACCGCGUGGGACGGCGUGAACGCGGUGUCGAAGGGAUGUCCGCCUUCUCCGAGGCGGCGCUGGAGAAGAAGCUGUCGGAGUUGAGCAACUCGCAGCAGAGCGUGCAGACCUUGUCCCUGUGGCUCAUCCACCACCGCAAGCACUCGCGCCCCAUCGUCACCGUGUGGGAGCGGGAGCUGCGUAAAGCUAAACCAAACAGGAAGCUUACUUUUCUCUACCUAGCCAAUGAUGUCAUUCAGAACAGCAAAAGGAAGGGGCCGGAGUUUACAAAAGAUUUUGCACCAGUUAUAGUGGAGGCUUUUAAGCAUGUUUCAAGUGAAACUGAUGAAAGUUGUAAGAAGCAUCUUGGAAGAGUGUUAUCUAUUUGGGAAGAAAGGUCUGUUUAUGAAAAUGAUGUAUUAGAACAACUUAAGCAAGCUCUCUAUGGUGAUAAGAAAUCUAGGAAGCGAACUUAUGAACAGAUAAAGGUGGAUGAAAAUGAAAACUGUUCCUCUCUGGGAUCUCCAAGUGAACCACCACAGACUCUAGAUCUCGUUAGAGCAUUACAAGAUCUAGAAAAUGCUGCUUCAGGUGAUGCAGCAGUUCAUCAGAGAAUAGCUUCUUUGCCUGUUGAAGUUCAGGAAGUAUCCCUACUAGAUAAAAUAACAGAUAAAGAAUCUGGAGAAAGGCUUUCUAAAAUGGUAGAGGAUGCUUGUAUGUUGCUGGCAGAUUACAAUGGCAGAUUGGCGGCUGAAAUAGAUGAUAGGAAACAACUCACUCGAAUGUUAGCAGAUUUUCUUCGUUGUCAAAAGGAAGCCCUUGCAGAGAAAGAGCAUAAAUUGGAAGAAUACAAGCGCAAGUUAGCCAGGGUUUCCCUGGUGCGCAAAGAACUCAGGUCGCGGAUCCAGAGCCUGCCAGACUUAUCUCGAUUGCCCAAUGUCACUGGCAGCCACAUGCACCUGCCCUUUGCGGGGGACAUCUACAGUGAAGAUUGAUGACCAGUCUCUCUUUCCAGGGCCCAGGACUUUGCAGGAGAUGGAGACAGGUUAGGUGGAUAGUCCUGUAACAUUAUUUUUGUAUAUUGAGAGAGUGACACUAACCAAACAAAACAAAUGACAAGUAAUUUAUAAAAUUGUUUAAAAUGUUGGUUUGUUUACUAUUUUAUUGGUAAGUUAACAUGACUUAGUUUAAACAAAGUGAUCUCUGUGUAUUAAAAAGCUCACAAAUAGUGAUUAUUUUCGAAAGAUCUUUUGUAAAUUUUUUUGAUCCAGGGCGUUGUGAGAAAUUCCAUGUUUCUAUUUCUUCAUGUAUUUUCAAAUGUUUUUCUUUGUUUUUUUUCGGUAUCUAUUCACAGUAUAGUAUGUAAGUUUGAAGGGGAAGAGCUAAUCAGGAGUUGGUUGAGACUUAAUUAUGGUAUAGUUAGGACUUGAUUGUAGAAGGGACUAAAUGUGUUUCAACUUAAUCUUCACCCUUCUCCCUGACCAAAAUAUCAGUUGUGUGCCUCUCAAUGCCUUUGAUUCCUUAUUCCUUAGAGGUCAGUAAUUUAACACUAACCAUGGAUGUCAUUUUUAGGCUCAAAUCAGAGCUUACAGAACGUUCAAACAAUAGCACUGUAGGGGUUCCAUUCCAACUACCAGUGUAGAAAAAGAGGAGUGUUAAAUAAAUAAGGACCCCCUUGAUUAACCUGUUUAGAAAUAGUUGAUGAGAUUAAUAUGAAAUGCUUGGGAAAUGUUAUAAAUUAGAUGUUCUGCCAAAUCGGACAGCUUUCAUUUUGUCCGAUCAGCCUCCUUUUAACAUAAUUGAUCCCUUUAACAUAAAGCCACCUAUGGGACUAAAAGAAACAAAAUAAUGAUACUUUUAUUAUUCCCAUAGCCUUUAACUUUAAAAACAAUGGUAUUUUUAGCUCUAAUAUCUCAAGGACAUAAUAUUCAUUAAUGUUCAGUAAAGUAACCUGGAACAUUUUUAAUGUUUCCUGAAGGUUUUUGAAUGACUGUAUAUUUGGAAAUUAAGCAGUGCUGCACUACAGGGUAGAUCUGGUAAAUAUUAUAUUUGUAUAUUUAGAAUGACCAAAACAGAUGUACUUUUACCUUUUAUUUUAACCCUGUGUGUUAGAGCAGUUGCAUGCUCUCCUGCUUUCUUCUUAAAUCACAUUGUUAAGCUGUGGAUUUGUACUCAAUAAUGACUUAGGAUAAACAUUUUUUUUUUUAUUCACUACUUUACAUAUUAGGCAUUUUUCUUUUCAUUGUAAGCAGGUUCCAAUUAGAUAGUCAAUAAAACAUCUUUAAAUCCCACAAGCCAAUUAUGUCUCACUAGUCUGAAUGGCUUCACUCUUUCUUCCUCAGUGUUAGAGACUAUAGUUAAAAUGAAUUUAUGUGUGAAAGAGAAAGCAAAUAUUUAUUUUUAAUAGCCAAUAGUUCUGGAAACAGUGCAUCUAAAAAUUUGACCUUUCUCUAAAACAGACACAUAUAACUGUCCCCAUUGAUGUGUGUGGCUUCUAGUCCAGAGUUUUUUAGUCUCCUUUAGGAGUUGGGGCACGUUUUCUCACAGAGACAAUUGUAGUUAGGUUCCAUGUGAACACCACCACAGAAAACUCACCUGGGAACCUAAUCCACUUAGCCAUGGAUGUAGUUCAUGUUGAUACAAAUUAGUGUAGUUGAUGAAUCAUUAAUAGUUACCAAUAGUAGAUCCUGACCAGCAUUUGUAACAUUGUAAUAUCACCCUAACUGAGGAAAUGACGUGCAGCCGCCAGACUACACAUUGGAGUGUCUUUCUUGUGUCCCUCUGUGAGGAUAUGACUUGGCGGGUGUGUGUAACAAAUGCACAGUUAUAAAAACCUAGUUAUACCUGUUACAAAAGUAUACCACAGAAGUUAGAUUUUUUUGUUAAAAUGAAAGCAAAAACUUGUAC